CUGACCCAUAAUUGCUCGGAGUUCAACAAACCCGAUUCACGAUCUCAACAACCGAAUCGAAUCCCCUCCGUGCGAAGCUGAAUCCGAAACCAUUCGCCAAUCAACAAACACCAAAUCUACCCAAUCAAAGCCACAAUCACGAAUCGGGCAAAAAGUAAGUUGAAAUCGAUCCGGCCCACUCCCACUACGCGCAACUGGGGAACUCCGUCUCUCGCCGCUCUCGCCGCCGCCGGCUGCCCGCCAUGGCCGAACCCUCCGCCGCGGUCUCUUCCCGCAGGCCUCUCGAUUUCUCGCCCGAUUCGCCUCCGAAGCCUGCUCUCUCGCCCGAUCAGUACAAGUUCUGCGCUGAGGCCCUGAGAGCGCUCAAAGAGAAACUCCAGAUGCCCGAGAGGAUCUUGCAGGAGUUCGGUCACUUGCAGGCAAGCAGAAUAAGGCCAUCUGAGAUGAUGAGGAGCUGUACCGUCGCUCUGGAUGUCGUCAAUUUGAGCAAAAAUCGCUACACAGAUGUUGUGCCAUUUGACAAGAAUAGAGUUGUUCUGGACCCAUGUAAAGAUUACAGGCCUGCUGCGAGGGGUUACAUUAAUGCAAGCCUCAUCACGGCUUCAUCAAGUAAAAACAUUAGUCAAUUCAUAGCCACACAAGGCCCAUUGCCACAUACCUAUGAGGACUUUUGGGAGAUGAUACUCCAGCAUCGUUGCCCGGCAAUUGUCAUGCUUACUCGGUUGGUUGACAGCUACAGGGCAUUUAAUUCCGCAGGUGUCAAGAUGGUCAAAUGUGGAGAUUAUUUUCAGGCAGAAGAUGGUCCGAGAGACUUUGGAAAUAUUUGUAUCGCAACUAAAUGGAUAAAGAACACUGAUACUUCAUUGGUGUUGCGUCAUUUGGAGGUGAAUUACAAAGAGACCGAGGAGCCACCUAUGUCUGUUCUUCAUAUUCUAUACCCUGAUUGGCCUGAUCAUGGAGUUCCGGCAGAUACAAUCGCCGUUCGUGAAAUUUUUAAGAGAAUAAAUGAGAUAUCACCGGAUAUUGGCCCAAUAGUCGUGCACUGCAGUGCAGGCAUAGGGAGGACUGGAACAUACUGCACAAUUCACAAUACCGUGCAAAGAAUUCUUGUUGGCGACAUGUCUUCUUUAGAUCUAGUCAAUACCAUAAGCAUUUUUAGGUCUCAGCGAAUUGGAAUGGUUCAAACGCUGGAGCAAUACAUGUUCUGCUACAAAGCUAUCAUUGAUGAAUUGGAAGAUUUGAUCUCCUAGGUCAACUACAAGUAGCUGAAAGUUGUAUGCCUGCCUUACAUGUCAUUCUUCAAUUUGCUUUUCGGAGACAGUCAUUCGGAAGAUGGUCAACUUCCUGUUGCUUUCUCGAGAAGUUGAAGGCAAUUCAGGUUUAAAUUUUUCCCGAUCUGCUUCCGAAUGGGUUGAAGCACUAUCCGCUGGGAGUAGGGCCAUUUUCAUUCCUUUCUCAUGGUCCCUUGGUCAUUAAUCGUUUGAAGGUAGUAGCAAUAACUCGUUGGCUGCAUUGUUACGUCGUACUAACUUCCUGGUAGAUUUUAGAAUCACCGUGAUGUUGUCUGCUGUGAGUUAGAUUUUGCUGUAUUAUGCAGCAUAUUCAUAGUUCAUGUAUAUGUUUCUGUUACUUCAGUCUCCCUGGGGUGUGCUCAGCUGGUGAUGUACCAAAGGUACGGACUUUCAGAGCCAAUGGCUUAUUGUUGUGGAUGUGAAAAUCAGAAGAAGGGUUGCGACCAUUUUAAGUCC